AUGUCUGUUACGCAUACAGUGCUUUUCCAGUUUAAGGCAGGGGCCAAUCCUGACGAUGUCAAGGCGGCUUGUGCUCGAUUCCUCGCCUUGAGGCAGAAUUGUAUCCACCCGACUGCCCAUACACCGUAUAUCACAUCCCUAAAAGGCGGCAAAGACAACUCGCCGGAGGGAGUACAGAAUGGAAUGACCCACGGCUUCGUCGUUGAGUUUGCCUCCGCCGACGAUAGGGACUACUAUGUUAAGGAUGAUCCAGCCCAUCAAGCCUUCGCUAAGAGCAUCGGAGAUUUGGUCGAGAAGGCAGUUGUUGUCGACUUUACCAGUGGAAUCUACUAG